ACUUAUUAUUGGAAAGACCUCAAUGAGACAAAACUCGACGUCGUAAAGUAUAGAUGAUUUCACUCGGAUCCAAGGUCGUCGUUUAACAGCUGAUUUAAAUCCACCGUUUGAGAGUAAUUGGCGCAACUGAUGAUGACAGGCUGUGUACCAGACUAAAGAAUUAUAAUUUCGAUUUGGACUCAUUAACUUUGAAAUAUUUAUGAUCUACUUUUAAACUGUGAAUUAGCUUAAUGCUUGUUUGAAGUGUAAAGAUGGGAAGCGGAACAUCAAAACAUUCCAGCGAUUAUGAAUCUGUGAACACUCCGAUGCAACCUCAACGCCAAUUGCCCUUCGAUCCGAGAUCUCCAUCCGCUGGAAUAAAUCGCACUCCAAUUAUUGUUCCUGUAAGUCCAGAUGAAGUGUGUACUACACCCGCUCGUCCCAAAAGCAAACUGUUGGAUCCGCGAUCACCUGCUGAGGCACUUAUCCGCACACCAGUUCUUACGCCAAUUAAAUUUGACUUCAGCGAGCUUGAACAGGCUCUUAGGAACAGUUCAAACAAACCUCUUUAUCAAAUCCCAAAAGACAAGGUUACGAAAGAGAUAAGUCCCUCACAGCUUAUAUUUACCACUCGUCCUGAUUCAGACAGAGAAACUUUCGAUUCAAUAGCAGAUAUCGUUACGCAGCGUACACCACUUAGCACACCUACGAAGGUUCGCGGAUUAUCAACGACUACUCCACUAGCAGUUCGUUCUCCUAAUAUCGCUUGUCCACAGCCUGGGGUAGAAAACCUGCCCGUUAAAGGGCAAUUAGGUUUUAAAGAAACCGAAAGUACGUCGAUUAAGGUGACUUUGCAUGGUAAAGCGAAUCUCCGACAAAUGGCUCACCAUCAAAGUCACGCGCGUGUUAAGGGCAAAGGACAAAGACGACCUGGUGGAGUUCAGGAUGAAAAUAGUGCCAGACCGAUUCAUCUGUAAAGUUAUAGUCAGUCA